CUUGUCUGUCCCGCUCAUUCAGACCUCACAGGAAAAGUCCAGCUCCCACCCCCCCAACCCCUGAACCUCCAGCUUGCCUUCACAAACUUUCUGCCUUCACAGUUUGUCCUGCCGCCUGCGUUGCCUCAGAGAGGAUGGCUGCAUCCAUGUGGAGAAUGAAUGGGCUCUGUGGGAGCCCGGCUGCAGCUCUGCUGCUCUGCACUCUAUUGUUCUGCAGUCAGGUCAUGUGCCAGGAUGCCGUAACAGAUGCACCAGUUUCACCACAGGCACCUGACAUUGGAGAUGGAGCUCCAGACUCUGAUGUUACUCCUACAGCCUCUGCUGGUGAAGCUGAGGCCACUCAGACUUCUGCAGCUUCUACAGGAGAAAGCUCAGCCAACCCAACCACUCCAGAUCAUGAUGAUGCUCUCUCAUCUGCUCCCAAAGUGGGCCAUUCCCCUGUUCUUCAAAACAUUGUGCCGAGCAUUAUAUGUGUUCGUAAAGAGGACAUCUCAGAACAGAAUGCUGUCAAAGCUGAAGUAAAAACCGAAGACUGUGAAGCAACAAAGCGCAUCAUUCAAGAACAUCCUGAUAUUUGGUGCAGCUCUGAAAACUGCAAUCUAGAAAUCUUCCAAGAUGGUAAGACGGUGCUGGUGAGCAGCAAUGAUGUUACAUCAGCUACUGUGGCUGAAGUACUACAGAGUGAAAAUUUAAAAGAAAGGCUGGGUUUGAAGAUUGAGAACCCAUCAUCAGGUCCAUCCGUAUUUGCGGGGAUCCUGGUCUCCGGUCUCCUGGUUGCUGUUGGAAUUGUUGUGUGGUACUUCAAAUGUCAACAGAGGCCUGAAACCAAGGAAGCAAGGCUGGCAGAGGAGGCCUAUCCAGUAGAUCAGGAGAAUCAGGGGAACACCCUUGUUUCCGAAGCCCCUCUGAAUCCCCCUCCUGAAACCCAGGAGAAACCUAAUGUUAACGGAGAGUCCCCCGAGGCAGACAAGACUCCGACUCCUCCCCCCACCAACGGCCACUCCACUGCCAAGACAGCAGACACGGAGCUGUAAGAGCCCUACAUCCACCAUAGCCUCACUAACCCAUUUAUUUACAUACACACACAUACAUAUUUACAUUUUCCACUCAUUCCUGCUUGGCUACAGAGACCAGGGUAAAGAAGACAGAGGAUGAAAACAAUCUUACAUCAGCAGCCAUUUGUUACAAUCCUGUUCCCCUUGGGCUGCAUGCCUCGACAAACCUCAGGGAAACUAGACCUGAUGAUGAUGAUGAAGGCUGCUGGGUUGUUGACAGCAGUCAGGCUGAGAUCAGCGAGCAGAGACUUGCAGUUUUGGGUGUGAAAAGGGUGUUUCUGUUUUUUUUUCUCUCUCAUAUAAACUCAAUUAGCAUUCAAUUCCUGUGAUAACUGCAGUCAAAUCCAGCUAAGUCUCCACACCUCACCUCGUUUAAAACUUCAACCAAACCCUCUACUAAUACCACAUAACCACAAGAUAACCUUUUGUGUUUUAUCUGUAAAGCCAUGCAGAUAGAGGAAAUAAAUCCCGCUGCCUUGAGAUCUGAUUGCGUGUUUGUCA